AUGCAGUACUUUGAUAUUGCUCCACACGUCGAGCGUGCCGCUAAAUAUGACUUUAUCUCAGAGACGUCGCCUGGUGUCUGGAAGAUAUGUCGCAAGAAUGACCGAACUGAAUUCCUCGCCCACGAUGUCACAGCCAAAUUAACUGUGGACCCGUUUCAAACUGGCGUGGCCACCGAGACCGAUUUACAAUUCUUACUCCAGGAUGAAUUUACCAACUUGUGGGAUACGCUCGAACGCAUCUUGAACCACGAAAACCUAGUCUCGAUAGUAGACGCCUUCUUCGUUCAGAAGAGCGACGCAGGAGGCCGUCCCCGUCUUGCAUAUUAUAUCGUCUGGGACUUCUGCAACGCCGGAAACCUGGGAAAUCUGCUCGUUCCUGAUACUAACAGGCAUUAUUACACCAGAAAAGUCAAAGAUCCAUGGGGUCCGCCCCCAACGGACGAAGAAUUAAUAGAGGCAGGCAAUUCGCCGCCGCCGCAUUGGGUGGAUGGUCACCCUGCCCCUCUCAUACCUAUCGUACCAGAGUCUCAUUUACCAGAAUCACUAUGCUGGCACGUACUCCUCUCCCUUCUCAGGGGUCUCGCAUGGCUACACGACGGGACCUUUGGAAUCGAACGUUCACCAGAUCCCGAGUCAAGAGCAUAUAUCGUAAUCCCGGAUCAGAAUUGGGAACCCAUACUACACCGCAAUAUCACACCCAUGAACAUUUUCUUCCAGCAUCCCGUACGUGACGAAUGGUACGGAGAGUGUAAGCUAGGUAACUAUUCUAGCGCGUUUAUAUCCAACCAUUUCCCCGACGGUCAGAACAAUCCCAGGCGCCCACAUCAUAGGGGUAAGGCCUUAGCUCCGCCUCUUGGGAAGUCAUUUCAGCCACUCGAAGAGCUCGCGAGGCUAGAUGAUAAGUAUGGCUAUACAAUGCCCUUGCAAGAGGAUCAGCCCUACACUAUAAUUAGCGAAUGGAGGGCACUUGCGGAGGUCUUACUGCGUAUGAUGGAUAAGAAACUCAAAACAUAUGACUCGCUUAAACCUGAUCUAGACUAUAUUCUCGAAAGAGUGGACUACACAGAUGCACUGAAAAACAUCGUCAUAUUGAUGGCAACAUACAACCCAGAUGUACAGUCCGAGGAGAACCCGUUCCGAUUUGUGAACCAAGAUUGCCUAACCUCCGAACUCUUGCUCUUAGUCCACAACCAGUGGCGGGCGUGGAAGGAAUCUGAGCAUCCCGAAGCGAAGAGGUUAGUCACCAAGGAUACUGGACACAUACAGCAGUCGAUAGAGAUAAUAGAGAGGGAGAACCAAAAAGGACGAUCCGCCAAAAUCGUUCAAGAAAACCUAGAGAAACAGGAUAAGCUAUUCGAGGAACAGGGUAUUGAACAAGAUCCGUGGGACUUCCUUAACCAUGAUUUGUAA